UCUCACUGAAUCUUUAAAUGUCAAAGUCAACGUAUUCUUCAUUGUCAGAAUGGGUACUUCAGACUUCUUUAGAGCACCUAUUUAUACCCAAAGAAAAACUCGAAUCAGGUUUCAUUAAACAGGUCUAUUAUAUCAAGAACAAGGCUUUGAAUGUCAAUUGUUUAAUGUUUGUUGUAUCAGACCGCUUCUAUUCUAUUCCAGUUCUCGUGGAAGAAGCGAAGGCUUUAAAAGAAUUCGGCAUAUCCAAUCUCGGUGAAAUGGAAAUUCAAAAUUUAUACAACCACAUUAUUACCUUUAAAAAAUCAGCAAUGGCAGUCUACUUACAUCAGUCCGCAUUAUACCCAUACAUUAUUGCUGUCGAUUGGUCUUCACCAAACAGAAAAAUAUCUUACAAAGCAAACUCGCAACCCGUUUACAAUAACCCUAAAUUACAACCUUGGAUUCAAUCCUUGAAACAUGUUACAAUUCCUAAUCAAAGCUUACCUUCUGUUUGCUUUUCUGUCAAAACAAUUAAUGCGCUAUUCCCACUUUUUCACCUUUUCGAACCCAUUGCCCAAAAAUUCUUUCGAGAAUCGCAUCUUCCUGCAGAAGCAGUCAAUCAUGUCGCACAAACAAGCUCGAAAUCAGGCCUGCCAUCCACACCUGCAACUUUAAAUAAACCUGUGGCUACUCUUAAGCUUAAUCAGGCCCAACCAGACACACGUCCUUCUGCAACACCGACAUCGAAUUCAGUCGAUAUACAAAAGGAACCGCUCAAUAAAAAGAAAGAUAAAUGUGUCAUUAGGCCUGCCGUAAAAGAGAAAGUUCAGAAAUCCACAUCAGCAUCAUCUCGCGAUAAAACCAAUGCGAAAAAGUCUACUAAAAAGUCUACAGAUAUUGUGAAAAAGACAACAGCUUUAGUAAACUCAUUGGCACCUGAAUUGCUCGAUAAAAGCAAGGAUACAGCUACCAAAUUAGUGAAGAAAGCUAAAGUGAAAUCUAAAACUACCACCACCACCACCAAACAUACUUCAGCUAGUUCUUCAAACACUUCCACCGCCACACCUGUUGUAUCUAUAGAAGGACCCAAACAACCUCCAGCCCAAAAGAAGGUCAAAACAGAUGCCUUCAAGUCGACAAAUCUAUGUGCAGUACCCACUUUUACUCCUUCCAUUCAACCAGGUUCAUACUUAUACCCGCAAAACGACAUCGCCAUGGCCGACCCACAAGAGGACCACAAAGCUUUGAUCGAGAAAAGUUCUUUAUCUCCAACUGCAGACUUAUCUAUAAGUAUAUCGAGUAAUACAAGAGAUCCCUUGAUUAAAUCCGAAUCAUCAAGUCCGUCACUGAAGCACUUUUUACUUUACCCCACAGCAGAACCAGUAGUUGCAGCAAACGCAACAACAGUAACACCAACAACAACAAAUAAACCACCACCCACAAGCACAAAUAAAAAUAAAAAUAAACCAGCAUCCACAAGCACAAAUAAAAAUAAUCUACCGCCUGCAGAUACGAGCUCAAAUAAACCAUCAUCCACAAGUACAAAUAAAAAUAAACCACAAACAACAGGGACGAAUAAAGAUAAACCUCUAUCCACAGGUACGAAUAAAGAUAAACCUCUAUCUACAGGCACGAAUAAAGAUAAACCCCUACCCGUAGGCACGAAUAAAGGCAAACCUCUACCCACAGGCACGAAUAAAAUUAAACCUCUACCGACAGGUACGAAUAAAAUUAAACCUCCAGCAUCAUCAAGUCAACCACCAGACCCAAAGCCUGCCAUCAAGAAACCCACUGGACUCACUUCUAUUUUGGACACCACUAAUUUUGCUAUAGGAAUGAAAAGACCUCCUCAUUCUGCAACUUCAAGUAUUAAGAAGGCAAAGUUGGUCAAUACCAGUACAUUCCCAACCCCAUCUUCAUCCACAAGAGUAAAUCUCGCAGACAACAGUGAUCUGAUCGAAGUAUUUAGCUUGGUUGACAAGACACCCAAAGUCCGGCGCAGCAAAAAGACCACCCCAACAACAGUAUCAAAAUCAAAGAGUUCUGUGAUAGAAACGGCUAGUUUGACGAAAGUCUUGCCACAACAGUUAAAUGCAUCAAUGAUUACUGAUCUUCACCAAACCGUGAAAGAAACUCUAUCUAGUGAAGAUACACGACAGAGAAAAAGAAUGCAACAAAGUGUUCCUCAAGAAAAAAUACCGAAAAAGAUCAAAAUAUCCCCUCCACAAGCAAAAGAGGAUCAACAUGUACAAAAAGCAAAAGAAGAUCAACUUGUGCAAGAUGUGGUUGAAAAGAUACAUGCAGAAGAUUCAAGUUCUUUGUGUAGAUUUGAUAGAUUAUCCCAAUUGAGGAAUCGCACAUAUUAAAUAAAAAUAUGACUGCAAAGAAACACUAAUCAUUGAAGGCACAUUUACUAAAAUAAAACCCUCCUAUUACUUCUGUUUUACACAAACGCCGGAUGUCUUUGCUUUUUUGUACAGUCACACCAAGGGGAGAUAUAAAAACAUUGAUAAAAAACAAAAACAAAAAAAAAAAUGCUCGCGCGUUUUAGAAUGAUC